GUUGGGUUUAGUGAAAUGUGAAAACGAUUCUGAAGGAGGGAAAGAGGGAAGGAGAGGCUGAAACCUCAAUGGAAAACAGUGAUUUUGUCCUGUGAAGGCCAGGAAGUUGAAGGCUUAACAUCUCGUGGAGAAUCUACUGUUUUUUAUUCUUGUUUUCCCCACUUUUUUAAAAGCUUUAGGGAUUGGCUGCUGGUGGUGAAGGCCAUCUGUCUGGGUGCUUUAUCUGGAUUUUAUGGUGUGAGCCUUAGGCCAACUGUGGCCACCUGCAUGGGAGUUAUUGCUGCGAGCCGUCAGACUGCGUGUCCUGAUUUUCUCGUGUCAGAGCAACACAACAUGAGGGAAGGCGAAAGCCACUGUAAAUUCACCUGUCAUCUGACGAGGAAAUAGGGUGCGUGUGGGGUACAUCAUGGAGUCUGUGGUGAGAUUAAAAAAUUCCCUGAGCAUGCCCAUCAGGAAGCUGACCAGCUGUGUGUCGGAGGUGAAGGGGAAGAAGCUGUGUGCCAAACGUAGGAACAAGAGGGGGAGAUGCGGCGGGAGCCGAGGAGGAUGCGUCAAGUUGGGCAAAACGUCUCCCCCCCGAGCUGCAUACCCCAAAGAUCUGUCUAUCAUUUGCUCGUACCAGACAGAGCUGGAGAAGGAGAGAAAGCUGCGGGAAGCCACGAAGGCCCAGAAGAAUGCAGAGAGAGCAGCGAUGAGAGCUCAUUUCAGGAGAAAAUAUCAGCUGUCUGAGAACGCGAAGGACACAAACCACCUGAGGUCAGUCGGAGGCAAAGUGUCACUCCCCCACGAGCUAUCGACAAUAAUUCAUCCUGAAACCAAAACCAAGGACGAUGGCUUCAACCUGCUGAGUGCCUUUCAAGGCCUCAGCUUCAGCACAGCGGUGCUCACAGGGAGGAAACGCAGCGGGACGCCUACUCCUGCACCAGCAAAUGGGGGAUCUUGUAAAAUCAUGUGAUCAAUAUGUAGUCACAGCAAUGAUUAUUACACUCUCUUAAUAAAAAGAACAGCAUGGGAA